AUGUCUCCCUUUCUGCGGAUUGGCUUCUCCAGUUUUGAGAUGGAUCCAGGGCUGGCCUAUCAUGAGGAGGUGCUGAACCCCUACUGCGCCGUCUAUAUGAAGGAGGCAGUGGAGACCGAGAAGGGCCAGGUGUAUAAACAGAAGCGACCUACAAUGUACCCUCCAUGGAGUAGCACAUUUGAUGCUCAUGUUCAUCGGGGUCGUGUGAUGCAUGUAGUGGUCAAAGACAAGACGGCCGAAUUAAAGACUGAGGCCACAGUACAACUUGACACACUCGCCUCACGUUGCAAGAAAGAGAAUGGCAAACUGGAAAUCUGGGUGGAACUAAAGCCACAGGGACGUUUGCUGAUGGAAGCACGGUACUUUCUGGAAAGGAGUGAUGCUGCAGGGCACGGUGAAGGUGAUGGAGAGAGUGAGCGAGAGAAAGAGGGCGUGUUUGCUCUUCAUCAGAGGCGUGGGGCGAUCAAACAGGCCAAAGUUCACAUGGUGAAAUGCCACGAGUUCACUGCUACGUUCUUCCCCCAGCCCACCUUCUGCUCUGUCUGCAAAGAGUUUGUCUGGGGCCUGAAUAAGCAGGGUUAUCAGUGCCGGCAGUGUAAUGCUGCCAUCCAUAAGAAGUGUAUUGAUAAAGUCAUUGCCAAGUGCACAGGGUCUGCAGUCAACAGUAAAGAAACCAUGAUCCAUAAGGAGCGCUUUAAGAUCGACAUGCCUCACAGGUUUAAAGUGUAUAACUAUAAGAGUCCAACCUUCUGUGAGCACUGUGGCACUCUGCUGUGGGGGCUGGCACGCCAGGGCCUCAAAUGUGAGGAGUGCAGUAUGAAUGUACAUCAUAAGUGCCAGAAGAAAGUAGCCAACCUCUGCGGAGUCAACCAGAAACUAAUGGCUGAGGCACUCGCUAUGAUCGAAAGCACGCAACAGGCGCGGACCUCCAGGGAGAAUGAGCAUGUGGGCCGUGAGGGCCCCGUGGGUGUGGAGCAGCCCGGUGUAAUCAGAGAGCCCUCUGGGUGUGUGCCGUGCUUACCCGUCUAUCCCCUCACUCCUGCGCCCGCCACCGCAGCUCGGAAAGAACAGGGCAUUUCAUGGGACACCCCUGCAGAAGGGGAAAGACCAACAACACAGCAAGAGUUUGAGCAGCUUUAUGCCGUCCCACGGAAAGAGCACCACAAAUACACCAUUGACAGCUUCACCCUGCACAAGAUGCUUGGCAAAGGGAGCUUUGGCAAGGUGUUUUUGGCAGAGCUGAAGGGUACAGGGCAGUUCUUUGCAGUGAAAGCCUUAAAGAAGGAUGUGGUCUUAAUGGAUGAUGAUGUGGAAUGCACUAUGGUAGAGCGCAGAGUUCUGUCUCUUGCUUGGGAACAUCCAUUCCUCACCCAUCUCUACUGUACCUUUCAAACCAAGGAGAACCUGUUUUUUGUGAUGGAGUAUCUUAAUGGAGGAGACUUAAUGUUCCACAUCCAGUCCUGUCAUAGGUUUGACCUACCUAGAUCCACGUUCUAUGCAGCUGAGAUUAUCUGUGGGCUUCAGUUCCUACAUUCUAAAGGCAUUGUGUACAGAGAUCUGAAGCUUGAUAAUAUUCUGUUGGAUGUGGAUGGCCACAUUAAGAUAGCUGAUUUUGGCAUGUGUAAAGAGAAUAUGCUGGGUGAAGCCAGGACUUCCACUUUCUGCGGCACUCCCGAUUAUAUUGCCCCUGAGAUUUUGCUCGGGCAGAAAUACGGUGCCUCGGUGGACUGGUGGUCUUUUGGUGUGCUUUUGUAUGAGAUGCUGAUUGGCCAGUCCCCAUUCCACGGACAGGACGAGGAGGAGUUGUUCCAGUCAAUACGUACAGAUGACCCAUCCUACCCCCGCUGGCUGACGCGGGAGGCCCGAGAUAUCCUUGUUAAGCUGUUUGUUCGGGAGCCAGAGCGACGGCUGGGUGUGAAAGGAAACAUUCGGCAGCAUGCCUUCUUCAGAGACACUGACUGGGUAGCACUGGAGAAACGACAGGUGGAACCCCCAUUCAGGCCAACUGUGAAAUCACCAAGUGACUGCAGCAACUUUGACAAGGAGUUCAUUAACGAGAAGCCUCGGUUGUCUUGUGCGGAUCGCACACUCAUCAACAGCGUGGACCAGACCAUGUUCAGCAACUUCUCCUACAUCAAUCCAGGAAUGGCCCGUCUCAAGGGCCCCUGA